AAUGUUUCGCCGAGAGAUGUGAUUGUGGUGCACAAGGGGGCGGGUAUAACGGAACAUGCAGGCGAUACAGCUAGCGUAGCUGUCUAUCAACAAGAGUGAUAGAAAGUUUUUUCAAGCUGGACUAGAAACAACCAGUUUUUCUUGCAGACGUAGUGGUGCGGACCAGGAAAAAUGAGCAACGUUGGAGAACAAAAAGCAACGACUGUUCCUCAUGUAAUCAAGGAGGAGGUUAUUGCAGCUGGGAAAUGGGUCAAACUGGAAAAGACAACAUACGUGGAUCCCUCUGGAAGCACAAGAAUCUGGGAGACAGCAAAGAGGACAACGAGAGCAACGAGCAAUUGUGACGGUGUGGGAAUAUUUGCCCUUCUGAAAAAAACGCUCCACAAAGACUCUGUGGUCCUGGUGAAGCAGUUCCGCCCACCGAUGGGGUGCUACACUCUGGAGUUCCCAGCAGGGCUCAUCGAUGAAAAUGAGAGUGCAGCGGCGGCUGCGUUGAGAGAGCUGAAGGAGGAGACCGGGUACCAAGGGGAAGUGGUUGCAGUCGCUCCAGUAACGUGUCUGGACCCUGGCUUGUCAAACUGCACCACUGCGAUCGUCAUGGUGAACAUUAACGGCGACGAUCCUCAGAACAUCCAUCCCACGCAGCAGUUAGGGGAUGGAGAAUUUGUGGAUGUUGUGCUGCUACCUCUUAAUGAUUUCCAAAAUAAAAUUGAUGAUUUUAUGAAGAAGGAGAAUAUAGUCGUGGACUCCAAGGUCUACAUCUACGCCAUGGGAAUGGCUCAGGCCUUGUCCAAGCCCAAUGAACUGCCUGUGCUCAAGCAGUGAUAGAAGCCUUCCCACCGUUAAGUCUACGUUCAUCAUUCCACGUUACUAUGGUAGCCUGGGACAACAUUCCUAAUUCCCAUUAAACAAAACUCACCUUUCCAACUCGUUAGAGCAUCUUGUUUCAAAAGGUGCCUUUUUAAACCCAAAAUGGAUUUGAUGGUCCUUGUCUUCUUGAAGAAGGCCGUAGAUUGCAGUCUUAGCUCUGUAGUUACUUGAAUGGAAUCUAGAGACUCGCACUUGUUAAUAAUAGGGCACAAUCAACCAUUUAUCACCUCUAAGGUGGAAUUAAAUUACUAAUUGCAAAGUGAUGUCUGGUCUGUUAUGAAUUAAUAAACAAGUUAUUUGUA